AUGCACUGCUCCAUCUACCUCGCUUUGAUCUUUGCUGCUGUUGCACUCGCUGCACCCUUCGAGUCCAGCAUAUCACCAUCACAAUAUUCCGGCGAGGGAAGCGGCAUAGGUGGCAGAAAGUUCGACGCCGCCCGCUCAGGUCGCCCCGGUAUGAGGCAAAACAUGAUGGGAAACUCAGGAUCCUUGUCAGUGUAA